ACAGGCAUAUGAAUGUGAUCAGUGUGAUGAAGUCUUUGUACGUAUUGGCCUAUUGAUGAGUCAUCGUAGGGGACACCAUCGUCAAAAUUUAUCUUGCACAGAUUGCGAUGCAAAGUUCUCUCACUAUAAUAGCUAUAGGAUUCAUUUACGAAGCCAUAAAGGAGAUAAGCCUCAUAAAUGUGUAGAUUGUGAUAUGGCUUUUGUGCAGCAAUGCCAUUUGCAUAUUCACCGUAGAACACACACUGGAGAGAAACCAUUUAUGUGUGAAAUUUGUCAACAAGGAUUUAAGCAGAUGUCUCACUUAACAACACAUAUGAGGAUCCACACUCAAGAUAAGCCUUAUGUAUGCUCACUAUGCAAUGCCUCUUUCUCUCAGACCAGUAGUUUAAAACGGCACAAAAGACGACACACAGGAGAGAAGCCUUUUAAAUGUGACGUAUGCGGUGCACUCUUUGUUGAGAGAAGGAAUCUUGUAAGACAUCAGCUAACACACACUGGGGAAAAACCAUACAAAUGUGAACAAUGCCCAGCAUCUUUUACGCAGAUGAUUGAUUUGAAGCGUCAUCAAAUGGCACAUUCAGGUCUGAAGCCUUUUAAAUGUGAUAUAUGUGAAGCAGCAUUUAGUCGCAAGAACAAUCUCCAGUGGCACAAACUGACUCAUGAAGGAGAUACCCCAUACAGAUGUGAGAAAUGCAAUGCUGGUUUUAGUCUCCAAAGGGACAUGAAGGCUCACAUGAGAACACAUACUGGAUCCAAACCAUUUAGUUGUGAUAAGUGCGAGUCAACUUUCGCUCAGUUUAGUACACUUAAGCGUCACAGACAGAGCCACACAGGAGAAAGACAUUUUGUGUGCUCAAAGUGUAAUGGAGCCUUUAAGGACAAAAGUGCUUUGAAAAGGCAUCAGCUUAGACAUGAAGGAGUUAGACCUUAUGCUUGUCAGAAAUGUGACUCGACUUUUAUUGAGUACCGUAAUCUGAAAAGGCACAAAGUAACAGUUCAUGGUGAAGAGCGAUUUGAAGGUGGUGAUGUUAUGAUGGAACCCAAAGAAAGUGAGAACAUUCAAAACAUUCCACCUCCCAAGAAAAGGAUUGGAAAGCAUGACAGUGAUGAAACACUGAAUGAAAUGUAUGAUUCAAACUAUGCAUCAGCUUCUGUUGUACAGCCACAAGAAACAGGCCAUCAGCAACAACAGCAUGUCAAUGAAGUUGUCUCCUUGCCACCAUUGACACCUCUCCCACAAAGUCAGCCUCAGGUACAUACAACUACUACCUUACCUACUCACACACAAACUCCUAUGGUUAAUGAGAUUGUCACUAUUCCUGCCCAAGCUCCAGGGCAAAUGCCAACACUAAUGCUCACUCAGCAUGGCCAACCCCCUCGACCAGGGAGACCAGCUAACAACUGUCAGAAUUAUCAGUCACAUGUGCUGACAUAUGUGGAAGGGAGUUUUGGUCAGUGGCAUUCAUGGUGCUUUUGUGAGACUCCAAACAUUCCUAAUGGUUCACAGAAUAUGAUUGAUGGCACAACAACAACUGUAGCGACUCACCCUCCUGCUUCCACUGCUCUAUCUGCAGCUCCACUACCCCAGCAUCAGCAAGUAACAUACACAGAACUCCAGCAACCACAAACACAACAAAACCAAGAUGCUGUGGCUGUUCAAGAGGUGACUCAGACAGAAUAUCAUCAAACUCCACAGUAUCACACUAACUACCCGCAACCAAUCCAUCAUUAUGAAGAAAGCCAUCACCAAGACCCACUAGACCAAAUAAGCCAUCAUCAACAACACCAUCAACCAUCUCAUCAUCAGCAGCUUCAUCAAUCACAUUCUCACCAGGGCGACAGUAAGAUAAGUUCCGAACCUCAGGUAUUUGCUAUACCAGGCAUUCAGCAAGACCAACAAGACCAACAGCAGCAGCAACAACAGCAGCAGCAACAACAGCAGCAGCAGCAGCAGCAGCAGCAGCAGCAACAACAACAACAACAACAACAACAACAACAACAACAACAACAGCAACACCCACAGCCACAUCAACAUCAACAUCAACAGCAACAGCAACAGCAACACCCACAGCCACAUCAGCAGCAGCAGCAACCACCACAAGACCAGCAGCAGCAAGAAUCCCAGCAUCACCAAGAACAUCAGCAACAGCAGCAUCACCAACACCACCACCAUCACCAAGAGCCACAACAAUUGCAGCCACAACCUGAUCAACAUCAAGACUUAUCAGAACCUCAGGCUGAUCCUCAAGUGACUUUCCAGUACAGUUUAACAGUGAAUAAUCCUGCUACUGGGGAUAUCCAAAUCCAGAGUGAAGCAUUUCCAGCCAACCCUCCUGACACACCUCCUAUCAAGAAGAGGCGUCUUGCUAAAACUCAGCAGGAGCCACAUGAAGUGCGGAUAUAUACUUGCGCUUCUUGCCCAAGACAAUUUACUAGAAUAAAUCACUUGAUUAUUCACCAGCGAAGGCAUACAGGAGAAAAACCAUACCAGUGUGGUGUGUGUCUACAAUCAUUUACACAUAAAAAUAGUCUUACAAUUCAUAUGAGAGGUCAUACAGGGGAGAGGCCAUAUAAAUGUGCAACUUGUGGGUCAUCAUUCACUCAGAAGAGCAAUUUGCGUGUACAUAAUCGAACCCACACUGGUGAAAAACCAUUCAAAUGUGACAUGUGCGAAGCUUCAUUCAGUCAGGGUAGUCAUUUGACUGCUCACAAACGAAUUCAUAAUAACGAACGGCCAUAUGCAUGUGACAGCUGCCAACAAAUGUUUACACAGCGUAGUGCUCUGAAACGGCAUAUAAUGACACAUACAGGUGACAAACCACACAAGUGUGAGGAGUGUAGUGCCAAAUUUUCACAGAAAGAUGACUUAAGAAGACACUUAAAGGUUCAUUCUGGAGAAAAGCCAAUCACGUGCUCUUACAAGCAUUGCAAUAUGAAUUUCACAGAUAGAACUGGUCUGACAAGACACAUAAAAUCAGUACAUUAUGAUAAACCAGAGUUAGCAGGAGAUGGAAAGAAAAAGAAAAGAAAGAAAUCAGGAUCAAAACCAGCCCCAAAUUCAAGUAAACCAGCCCCAAAUCCAAGUAAUAGUCCAAAACCUGUGAAAGGAGGAAAAGUUAAGGCCUCAACAGUAGAGCCAACUAGGAUAAGUAGACGUCUGCGAGAAGCAGCUGAAAAGAAAAAGGUUAAACCAGAGCAUCCUGAUUUUAUCAUGGGUGAUUUUAUAGAUGUGGAUGUAGCGAUCAGUGAUGUGAAACCAGCAGCUCGCCAGAAAUCACCAAAGAAGAUAGCUGAUAAGUCUCAGGAAAGUAAACAAACUGAAAAGGCAAGAAUGGAGUCGUGGUGCUUUUGUGAGGUACCUCAUGGCCCAGAUGAACCUCAUAAUCAUGCUGGAGUUGAAACUAAAGCAAUGAGUGAUUUAACUGCCAAUAUUGUUAAUAAUGAUAAGGGAUGUACAUCAAAGAUAAAUGACAGUGAUACUAACACAGAUCUAGUUGCAAGUGCUCAUGCCACUGGUGCAACCUCCCUGCUUCAAUUAUCAAUGGAACACGUGGCUCAUGGUUCCAUUCCUCCUAGUACUAUUAGUGAGGGCCUGCAAGAAGCCACUGGUGCUGUAACCAUUGAUGCUUCAUCUUUAGUAGUUCCUCAGAUGGAAGGAGGACCACAAAAUGUUGUUGGGUCUAGCAGUCAACCAGUAGUUGCUUCAGCCACCCAAGCUUCUCCGUCAGUUGGGCAGAGUGUAGUGGGUGGCCAUGUGGUUACUGCCAUAAGCCAACAUGGUGCCCAAGGAAGUGGGCGAUUAGUUAGUCAGCCGAUGAUUAGUGGGCAAGUUGUCACCGCCGGUCAACUGGUUGGCACUAGUCAGUUGAUGACACCAGAGGGUACAAUCUACAUUGAGGCCAGUGAAAUGUUAAGCAAUGGAGCAGUUGUAAUAAACCCUGGCCAAGGGGCCUAUAUCAGCUAUGAUCAGAUUACAAUUGGAGCAGAUGGUCAGGUUCUUAGUGUGCCAGUUGGUGGUUCCACAGGAGAAACACUAAUGAUCCAACCUGCUGCAGGCUCUGAUGUUACUUCAGGUACAGGCACUAUUACCUACACGACAACACAGCUAACAGAGCCUAAUGCUGCCCAACCCAUCCAGUACACAGCUCUAAGUAAUGAUGUCAUUAAUCUCUUAUCACAUGUGGACUCAAGCAAAGAAAGUACCAGUUCUGAUCUGACAGCAGAGAAGGGAGUAACAGUUAUUGCCAAACCCUUAGAUUGUUCAGUAUGUGCUAAGUCCUUUGCACAAAAGCGUACCUUAUGGACUCAUAUGUUGGAAGCUCACCCAGAUUUACAUUGUUGUUCAGAAUGUUGUGCAGCAUUUACCUCGCCUGAAUAUCUUAAUCAGCAUAAGGCCCAACACCAGAAACUGCACGUGUGUUCAAGAUGUGGAAUGGCAUUCACAAAUAAAUCAUCAUUAAACAGACAUAGACAGCAGAUGCAUACCGGAGCUGCUGUUGCAGUGGAAGACAAAGUUUUUGGUUGUGGAUCAUGUGAUGCCAGGUUCCACCAACAGUGUGACCUGCGAAGACACGUGCUAGGACAUACUGGUGAAAAGCCUUACAGAUG